AUGCCUCGCUUCGUAUGGAAAUCACUCAUCGCCGUUAGCGGCUAUGACCUCGCUGGUGCAAUCCAAUACGUGGACGGGUUUUGGUCCACAGUGAAGACCAACGAUGCAACUUUCAAAGCUCGCAUAGCGGCAUUCGAAGGACGAGCAUCAGCUUACAUAUGGGAUGGGUUACGAUUGGCCAGAAGUAAGAACAGUCGUGACAUGGCCCUCUACUACACUAUCUCCACUGUGAUACAGACCCUGAAUGCAUGGCUCCAGUGGUUUUGCUUGAACUCGUUGCUGCAAUCACCGCUGUACACACUUUGGGGGCCGGCACUCAUCCACGAUUUGAUACGAGGAGACGAUUGGCAGGUGACCGGGCAUUUCCCACGAAUCACACACUGUGACUUCAACAGACGGCGGCCGGCAAGUGUACAGGUGGGU